GCCCGAGCGGAUACGAGCACGAGCUCUGGGCACGUCCCGUUGCCAUAGCACCGCACUAGGAAACCCACAACAGCAGGCGCGCUGGAGCGAUGUCUGCCACGGGGGGGAAAGAGGAAGGAAAGCGGCGAUGCCCCCUGCUUCUGAGACCCGCCUCUCGUACCCUGAACACCUCAGUCUCACACGGAGGCCCACGCGGAGCUCACCAGCGUUCCAGACAAACCACCAGUGUGCUGGGCUGUCACAGCAGGCGGAGCUUCAGCCUCGGGGGCAGCAAAGUCCUGGAGAAGAACGUCGUUCAGACUCCCAGACAGGCUGUUCAGGUGUUUGAUGAAGAAAACAAUGAUGUCACUCCUCAGCCGCUGUACCAGGCUGAUCCAGGAGCAGUGCAGCCCAUGUUGUUUGUGGAUGAAAUCUCUGUGGGCUCAGCAUCAGACCAGCCAACAGCCACGGGCAGCUUCACUCUGCCUUUCUCCAGAUACCAGAGUCUGAGAUCAGUAUUUGGCAGCAGCAGAAUAUCCAGCCAGUCCACCACAGAGUCCGUGGAUGACGAGGACAUGUUUUCUAAACGUGACAUUCCCCUCAGUUUUCCAGAUGUGAAGGUAAAAAAGGACACGGAGAAAGAACAGGUGACAGAGGACAUGCUGAAGGACAUCACGGAGGUCUUUAUCUCUGAGACAGACACCUUUUCACUGCUGGACAUGCCCAGCAGCUUUGUGUCUGUGGAUGCUGAUGAGGCAGAAGCUACUAUAGCAAGAAACCAUCAGUACGAGGAGGUCUGCAGGAACAGAGUGAGCAGGGAUAAAACUGUGGAGCGAUCAGUGCAAACGCUGACCGGAACAACUAAAAACAAGCAUGUCCAGAGUAAUGGGCUGAUGGUGGUGGAUGCAGAUGUUUGCAUGUCCACAGCCACGAAUGUUACCAUCUGCGACAUGUGUGAGCCUUUAAGUGAUGCUGAGCAGGAGGAAACAGCAGGUAUCUGUAACCCAGUGAAGACUGACCACGCAGAGGGUGUGACGUACUCCAGCAGAGGUGCAGACAGGAGUGUGUCAGUGGGCAGCACAGCCACUACAGUCAGCGCCUCUGGUUCACUCAAAGAAGUGGAUGUGAAAGCUUUAAACGCUGAGAUGGAGUGGGAGCUCAUCAUGCUGUCAGAGACGUUUCAGCUCUAUUUACAAACAGUGGAGAGAAGCAUCCUGCAGAACAGCUUUCACCCUCAGCUGGCAGCUUACAGACAGCUGCCUGUGCUGGGAGACCCAGAGUCUCCAGUGAAGAAUGAGAUCGUGGAGCAGAGGACGGGGGACACGGACGGCGGUCCGUCUCUGCAGUGUCUCUGGGUUUUCAGCUGUGAGCUCAGCAGAGGACGCAGCGUGAGCUGCAUGACCUGGAACAGGAAGAAUCCGGACCUCCUGGCUGUGGGUCAUGGCGAGUUUAACUCUGGGAACCAGAAACCAGGUCUGGUGAGCUGCUGGUCCAUCAAAAACCUCAAGUGGCCCGAGCACAUUGUCCACUGUGACAGCGCCGUGACCACUCUGGAUUUCUCAGCUAACAGUCCCAGUCAGCUGGCUGUAGGCACACAUGACGGCAGCAUAACAAUCCACAAUGUGCACAGUCAGGACAACAGGUCACAUGGUGUCAGCAGCCGGGACAGUCCCAACAGACACCUGGGGCCAGUGUGGCAGCUCAGGUGGACCCAACAAGAAGUGAGCUCGACGGGGGAAGAGAAGGUGGAGGCCCUCCUCUCUGUGGGUGCAGACGGCAGAAUCAGCAAAUGGUUUUCCUUCAAAGAUGGCCUCGACUGCAUAGACUUGAUGAAGCUGAGGCGGAUUCAAAAUACAGAGACAAAGGCUGGAGGGAAGAGGACAGAGAUGAUGGCAGAAAGUGUCCUGACAGCACUGACUCCUGGGCUCUGCUUUGACUUUCAUCCCACAGACUCCAGUAUCUACCUGACUGGGACAUGGGAAGGUCUCAUCCACCAGUGCUCCUGCUCCAACAGUGAGCAGUUCCUUGAAACCUACAGGAAGCACUUUUGUCCUGUAAACUGUGUUGCAUGGUCUCCAUUCAACCCUGAUGUGUUCCUGAGCUGCUCAUCUGAUUGGACCAUCCAGCUGUGGAAGCAGCACCACUUGAAGCCUGUGUUGGGUUUCAUCUCCGCCCAGAAGGCCGUCUACGACAUCAAAUGGUCCCCAAAGUGGCCUACUGUAUUUGGAGCCGUCAAUGGAGGGCAGCUAGAAAUCUGGGACCUGAGUUCGAGCAUUCUGGACCCAGUCAUUGUGCAGCCUGCAGCCCCUGGUGUGAGGAUGACGUCCUUGCUGUUUUCCUCUCAGGCUGACUGCGUUGUGGUAGGAGACAGUGAUGGUCAUGUGACUGUCUACCAGCUGAAGAAUCUCAAUGUAGGAGAGCAGAGCCAGGUGGAUGUUCUGGAAGACCUCAUCUGCUCUGCAGCAUCUAGAUAACUCUAUGAAACAAACACAUGUAUGUCCAAUCAGCCUGAGGUUGGUGACAGAGUCGUCUGUAGAAAUGUACAUAAGACACAAAGAUAGCCACACUCCUGUUUCCAUUGGCUGCUGCUUCAUGAGCAUCUGUAGAGGUAGACUAGGUUACCAGAUAAGACAAAAGAAUCAGCAGCUAGAAACAUGUUUGUAUGGUUGUUUAUAGGUGAGACACCUGACAGAUAAGUGUCCCAACCAGACAAUGAUUUGGAUACUAUAGAGGACUUAUUUAACCUAACUACAGCAAGGUCUACAUACAGCCAGGAUUAUAAUUUAAGAAGACGUUAUAGAAAUACAGCAGGCCCUAUUAUGCUUUUCCUUAUUUUGAUAAUAUACGUACUGUUUCAGACAUGUACAGUGUUUCAUAUACGUAGGUCAGUGUAUAUGCAGGCAAUCCAUGUAACUCAGUUCCUUAUACUUUGACUCAGGACAGUGUCAACAAGAGGGGAUUCCCUUAUAGAGUCACCUCAGCUAUUUGUGCUGUUUUGGUCAUUAAAUUCCCCAAAUGAUACCAAGCACAUGGAAUCCACAGUCUCGGCAUCCCACAGCAGUUUGUGUCAGGUGACUUUCAGAUAAGAUUAUGAAACAAUGACAGAGGGUCUUCAGUGUGAUAACAAAGAGAAGCAUGAGUCAUUAUCUCAUCAUUACUUGGACUUUAUUGUUGAUUUCAGCACUUCACACUACCGUUAGUCAUCACCUCAAACUAUGUGUCACCACUGACUCAUUUUCCUCCUUUGGAGUAAACGACCAAUCAGACAGCACAUCUGAGCUGCUGUCAUCGUCACACAGUCUGACACACAUUCAGAUACAGUAAAGUAUGACAGCAGCAACAGUUUCAAAGCUGAACAUCAUUUGCAUAUUAAGAAUUUUACUGCAAGAAAAAAAUAGUGCAAAGCUGAACAUAGUGAAUUUGCUUUAUGUAUGAUUUCCUUCAAAAUAUUUGUCUUUUUCCCAAAGUACUGUUGACAAAUUCAGUGUAUGAAUAUGAAUGACUUUCAUGUUAGAACCUGUGAAAUAAAGUGUGUGCCUUGUUCAGUCUGA